CUCCUGCUGCUCGCCUGGCGUCAGGGACCGCCCCCUGGACCCGCUCUGCCCUGUGAAGUAAAAAUCUGCAAGGAGAAAGAAUGAUUCCCGCCAGGAAACCCAGUUUUCAUUACACGUUCGUACAGCGUUCACUGAGAUCCUGAGUCAGAAAAUUCUCUUCGACGUUUUUUUGUUUUGUUUUUUUUUUGCAUUGAAACCUUAUCUACGAAAAUUAUUUAACACGUCAAUGAUACCCCUGUAACAUCACUCCCAUAGUCGUCCGCACGCGGGUCGUUUGGCCCCAAACUUCUUUGCUGCCUCCAUUUCAUCCUCCAGACUUCUGAACUCUGGGACUUUCUCCCAAUUUCACUCGGUCAGCGACAAAAACACGCCUUUAAAUAUAUGACGGUUACUCCCAAGAUGACAUCUCCAGCCGGAUACCUCAUAAACUGUCUGCUGAACAUCUCUCCUGAGGAGAUAAUAUGUCCUGAUCCUCAAACUAAAUAGAAAGCUCCAGCAAUGAAUGAAGUAUGAAGCUCUACAUAUAGUAGUUACUCAACUGAUAUUUACCAAAGAUGAGAAAGAAUUCCAUGAAGACACCAUUAACCAAGAUAAUGGGUGUUUGAUUUCACAGAAUAAAUUCUCUUUGAGAAGGUUUCCAAAGUAACCAGCCAUAGCCUCUCUCCUGGCUAUAAUAUCAUUCAUUGAUAAUGGCUUUUGACUACAUAAUUAGUUUACUUCAAUGAAACUAUGCAUUGUGGUAGCUCAAGUUUCCUGGUCAACUAUCCAGAUAAAGAGGAAUCUGAUGCCUGAAAUUUACAGAUAUCCAAAAAUGAUUGAGAUUGAACAGGCCGAGGCCCAGCUCUCUGAGUUAGACCUGCUAGCCAGUAUGUUCCCCGGUGAGAAUGAGCUCAUAGUGAAUGACCAGCUGGCUUUAGCAGAACUGAAAGACUGUAUUGAAAAGAGGACGAUGGAGGGACGAUCUUCAAAAGUUUACUUUACUAUCAAUAUGAACCUGGAUGUAUCUGAGGAAGCAAUGGUAAUGUUUUCUCUGGCCUGUAUCCUUCCCUUUAAAUAUCCUGAAGUUCUGCCUGAAAUCACGGUCAGAUCAGUAUCACUAAGUAGAUCCCAGCAGACUCAGCUCAACACAGAUCUGUCUGCAUACCUGCAAAAGAAUUGUCUCGGAGAUGUCUGUAUAUUAAAUGCCACAGAGUGGGUUAAAGAACAUGCUUCUGGCUAUAUCAGCAGAGACACCAUACCUCCUGCUCCAGGAAGUACAUUCCAGCCAGUUGAUCUCGUUCUCACAAGACUGUGGAUCUAUAGCCAUCACAUCUACAAUAAGUGCAAAAGAAAGAAUAUUUUAGAGUGGGCAAAAGAGCUUUCCCUAUCUGGUUUUAGCAUGCCUGGGAAACCUGGUGUUGUUUGUGUGGAAGGCCCACAAAGCGCCUGUGAAGAAUUCUGGUCAAGACUCAGAAAGUUAAACUGGAAGAGAAUUUUAAUUCGCCAUCGAGAAGACAUUCCUUUUGAUGCUACAAAUGACAAAAUAGAAAGACAAAGAAGAUUUUCAAGUUUUGAAGAAAAAGUGUUCAGUGUUAAUGGAGCCAGAGGAAACCACAUGGACUUCGGUCAGCUGUAUCAGUUUUUAAACGCCAAAGGAUGUGCAGAUGUUUUCCAGAUGUUCUUUGGUGUGGAAGGACAGUGACUGGCCAGAGGAGUAAUUGAAAAUAUUUGUAACUGUUGGCCCCUUGAUUUUUUCCCCCUACUCUUCCUUGAAAGAUGAAGUAAUUUGGGGCACCUAGCUGGUUCAAUCAGUUAAGCUUCUGACUUUGGCUCAAGUCAUGACCUCAGGGUCCUGGGAUUGAGCCCUGAGUCAGGCUCCCUGUUCAGCGGGGAGUCCUCUUGUCUUUCUCCCUCUCUCUCUGCUACUCUCCCUGCUUAUGCUCUGUCUCUCUAAUAAAUAAAUAAAUAAAAUCUUUAAAAAAAAAGAUUAUGCUUAAAACAGUUCUCCUUUUACUUAUGACAUAUUUUUAACAGAUAUAUUUCAGGGACAUGUGGGUGGCUCAGUGGUUGAGCACCUUCCGCCCAGAGCGUGAUCCUGGGGUCCCAGGGUCGAGUCCCACAUCGGGCUCCCUGCAUGGAGCCUGCUUCUCUCUCUGCCUAUGUUUCUGCCUCUCUCUGUGUGUCUCUCAUGAAUAAAUAAAUAUUAAAAAAAUACAUUUCAGCUCUACUUUUCUCUCCCCCCUCCCCAACAUUCUGGAAUGGGGCUAAAGUAAAAUUACUUGAUCUUUUUUUUCCCCAGAACUCUGGGAUCAUGACCCAGCCAAAGUUAGAUGCAUAACCGAGUCACCCAGGCAUCCUUUAAGUAUAAUCUUUAAAAUUGUUGAUAGAACGCUCUUGACAUAGAAGCUACCCAUUUUGAAAGAGAAAUUAAUGAUACUUGAGGGAGAUAAAUGUUGCAGGUCCAACUUGCCAUCUGCUCUCAACCUCGUCCCCCUUCCCUGCUUCCAUUAAAAACCUGGAAAAGCUAGAUGCUCACUCUACAGCCUCUUUUGUGGCUAGGGAGGGCCUCAAGACACAGCUUUGGCUAGGGGAGUAGGUUAAAGGAGUAGAUGCACCUCUUCUUCCCUUUCUGCCACAAACACUAAAGGGAGUUGCCAUGGUCCUUCCGACCAUAGGGGCAGGACGGGCCAAAAGAACCACAGAGAUGCCAGUCCCCAUGUAGUUGAGCUGCUGAUCCAACACCAUCCCCUGCCUAUCUCUAGUCAGCUUGUUAUGCAAUUAAAUCAGUCUCCUUUCGUU